AUGGAAGAAUUCACAAUCCCUAAAACCUUUAAGGCAGCCUAAUUAGUUGAAUACGGAAAAGAUCUGAAGAUUGUAGAGAUAGAAACACCAUAAUUACAAGAGGGACAAAUUUUGAUCAAGGUUGAAGCAGCCCCAGUCAAUCCAUCAGAUUUGCUAUUGAAUGGGGGAAACUACCCUGCUGGAAAGGUAUUGCCUGCAAUCCCAGGAAUUGAGGGUUCAGGAAUUGUAGUCUAAUUAGGGCCAAAUGUAGAUAAUGUUAAGUUGGGCACUAAAGUUGCAUUCACUUCACACCAAAACUAUGGCAGCUACAGUCAAUACACUGUUACAACCAAUAAAUAAGUAAUCCCACUUAAUGAUGACAUCUCCUUUGAAUUAGGAGCAUCCUCCAUUGUAAACCCUGUUACCGUUCUCCUUAUGUUGGUAGAAACAUAAGAAUAGGGAGCCAAGGCAGUUGUCCAUACUGCUGCUGGUUCAGCUUUAGGAAGAAUGUUAGUUCGAUAUUUCUAAGAUUCUGGAAUAGAUGUCAUUAAUGUUGUCCGAAAACCAGAACAAGUGGAUCUUCUUAAAAAAGAAGGUGCCAAAUAUGUCUUAAAUUAAACAUCAGAAACCUUCUUCCAAGACUUAAAUGCGUUAGCUACUUAAUUGAAUGCCACUGUCUUCUUCGAUGCCAUUGGAGGAAGUUUGACAGGUUAGAUACUCAGCUAAUUACCAAAUAAAUCAACAGCCUUCGUUUAUGGAUUGUUAUCAGGAUAACCUAUCAGUGAUGUCACUGCCAAUGAUUUGCUUUUCAAGAGCAAGACUGUUAAGGGAUUUUGGCUUAGCACUUCACUCCACAAGUAUAAUCCCUAUGCCGAUGUUAAUGCACGAAAAAAAUUAAAUGAACUACUCAAAACAACAUUAAAGACAGAAUAUGCUAACCAAUAUCCCUUAGACCAAAUAAAUGAAGGAAUUGAGUUUUAUAAAGCAAAUCAAACUUAAAGGAAGAUCUUGAUUAGACCAAAUCAGUGA